AUGCACUCACAACAGGCGCCCAAGGUCUUAGCGCAUGCUGAUAGGCUUGAAGCAAACACGCCCGUCUGGUACUUUAGCUAUGGAUCCAACUUGACUAGCGAAACCUUUCGCGAGCACCGUGGCAUUACCCCGCUGGCAGCACUCCCCGUCUACGUACCAGGCUGGAUGCUAGUCUUUGAUGUUUAUGGCCUACCCUAUAGCGAGCCAGCAUUUGCUUCCAUAAGUCCGAUUCCUUUCAGCGAUGACGAGGAGAAAACUGCUACGGAAACCCAACCCUUGGUCCACGGCACAGCCUAUCUCCUAGAUCCCGCAUCCUAUAUCUCAGUAGUCGCAUCUGAAGGCGGGGGAACGGCCUACGACGAGGUAGAACUGCUCGCCGUCCCGGUGACCGAGGACAAAUCAAACACAAUCGGUACCCCGCCGUUCUCCGUCAUGACACUGGUAAAGGGAUAUGGUCCCACCAUUGGGCGUUGUCCUAGUCAACGGUAUAAGGACCUUAUUUGUGUUGGUGCCAAGGAGGCCGAGCUUCCCGAGUCUUACCAAAAGUACCUUGACCGAUUGCCCUGUUAUGAGGCGCCCCAACGCAGAUGGAGCUGGCGAUGGAUUGGAUGCAUGCUUUUUCUGGCAUGGUGGAGUCCGGUGAUGGCCGCGGCCGAGAAAUUGACGCACGCUACUGAGAACGAGGAUGGGGCUGGCCAUUGUCCGAGAUGGGUGCAGUUUACGGUGCGCUUCAUUCUUUAUGUGAUGUGGCUGCACCACGAUUGCAUUCACGCCCCGAUUUGGGGUCGAGGCGAUGGUCUGAAGAAGGAAACGAGGGCUGGAAGGGUCGACUGGUUGAUCUCCACCCGUUCGCCUGUGUGA